GAUCUGAAUGGCGGCAAACAUAUGUUCAAACAUGUUUGAUACGACCCAAUUACAAGAACAAAACCAAAGAAACAUAUGCAACCUUCUUCUUUCUGCAACCAAAUCAAGAAACAUCCGUACAGGUUUACAACUUCAUACCCAUAUCCUAAAAUCAGGGUAUCAAGCAAUCCCAAUCAUUUCACACUACUUAAUCAACUUAUAUUCCAAAACCCAACUCCCAUUUCAUUCCAAACUUGUUUUCCAAGAAACCCAUAUUAAAACAUCAACAACUUGGAGUUCAAUUAUCUCUUGUUUUGCCCAAAAUGAACUCCCAUUACUUGCCCUUCAAUAUUUCAAGAAAAUGGUGAAUAUCGGGUUUCGGCCAGAUGAUCAUAUAUUCCCUAGUGCAACGAAAGCUUGUGGCUUUCUUUCGAAUUGUAAUAUGGGUCGGGCUGUGCAUUGUUUUGGGUUGAAAAUUGGGUAUGGGUUUGAUGUCUUUGUUGCUAGUUCUGUUGUGGAUAUGUAUGCGAAAUGUGGUGAGAUUUUGGAUGCACGUAAGGUGUUUGAUGAAAUGCCUGUUAGAACUGUUGUUACUUGGAGUGGGAUGAUUUGUGGGUAUGUUCAGUUUUGUGAAAAUGAAGAGGCGUUGAUGCUUUUUAAGCGAGCGUUAUUUGAGGAAGUGGAAGUUAAUGAUUUUACGUUUACUAGUGUUGUUCGUGUUUGUGGGAGUACGACGUUGCUUGGGUUAGGGAAACAAUUACAUGGGUUAUGUUGGAAGUUGAGUUUUGAUUCGUCGAGCUUUGUCGGGAGUUCUUUAGUUUCAAUGUAUUCAAAAUGUGGAAUGAUUGAAGCGGCUUAUCGCGUUUUUGAUGAGAUACGUGAUAGGAAUUUAGGUAUGUGGAACGCAAUGCUUAUAGCUUGUGCUCAACAUGGGCAUACUAGUAAAGCAUUUGAUUUGUUUCAAGAAAUGGAAAGUAGUGGCGUGAAACCAAAUUUUAUUACGUUUUUAUGCAUGCUCUAUGCGUGUAGCCAUUCAGGACUAGUUGAGAAAGGCAAGUGUUAUUUUGACCUAAUGAAGAGAUAUGGCAUUGAACCAGGUGAUCAACAUUAUGCGUCAAUGGUGGACAUAUUGGGACGAGCUAAUAAACUACAAGAAGCAUUCUCGAUUAUAAAAGAAAUGCCAAUUCAACCUACAGAAUGUGUAUGGGGAGCGUUACUAACUGGAUGUAGGCUUCAUGGAGAUACAGAAUUAGCGGCUUAUGCUGCUGACAAAGUGUUUGAGUUAGGCCACGUGAGCACGGGUAUGUAUGUCUUGUUAUCAAACGCGUAUGCUGCUGCUGGGAGAUAUGAAGAUGCAGCUAGAGCCAGAAAGAUGUUACGAGAUAUAGGGGUAAAAAAGGAAACAGGUUUAAGCUGGGUUGAGGAGGGUAGUAGAGUUCAUACAUUUUCUGCAGGGGACAGACGCCAUUUUAAAUCCAACGAGAUUUAUAAAAAACUGGAGGAUUUGGAAGAUGAGAUGGAGAAAGCUGGUUAUGUUGCUGAUACUAGUUAUGUUUUAAGAAAAGUGGGUGGGGAAGAGAAAAAUAUGGCGAUUAGAUAUCACAGUGAAAGAUUAGCUAUUGCGUUUGCUUUAAUUACCUUUGAGGACAAUAGACCGAUAAGAGUUAUGAAGAACUUGCGUAUUUGUGGUGAUUGUCACACGGCAGUAAAGUUUAUGUCGAAAUGCACAGGAAGAGUGAUCAUUGUGAGAGAUAAUAAUCGGUUUCAUACAUUUGAGGAUGGCAACUGCUCCUGCAGUGAUUAUUGGUGAUUGAAAUGUUAGAUGGUAUUGUGUAUCUAAG